GAAAUCCCAACUCGUGACCCGGAAGUGAAACUCCUAUACUCGUAACUCCCGCUGAGAUUAAUGGCUCGUUCUGGCAGCGCGAUAAUAGAGAUGUUUAAUCUUCUCAACUUUCGCUAUUUAUGUCUUUCUUCAAGAUUCUGCACACCUGUGCAAUGGAGGAGAGCUGUCUUGUCACCAUUAGCCGAGAAAAAAUAUUGCACCAAACCCACAAAGCCAAUUGGACGCUACCCAAUUCCUUAUAAGAAGGAUCUUCCUUAUGACAUUGUGGAGCUUAUGGAAGAAGUAGAAACAAAGGCUGGAUUUCUUCCUAAUGUUUUUAAAGUGCUUUCACGACGACCUGCUGAGUUUAGAGCAUUUUUUGCUUACUACAAUGCUAUCAUGAACAAAGAGACAGGCAAUCUGACCAAAAUGGACAGAGAACUUAUUGUGGUGGCAACAAGUAUGAAUAACAAGUGCCUAUAUUGUGUGGUUUCCCACAGUGCUCUACAUCGAAUUUACUCCAAAAACCCCACUUUAGCUGACCAGGUGAUUGUAAAUUAUGAAGCUGCAGAACUAAAGGAUCGUGAACGAGCAAUGCUGGAUUUUGCACUGGCCAUCAGCAGAUGUGAUAAUAUUACAGAAGAGCACUUUAAGAACUUGGAGGCUCAUGGCUUUGACCGCGAAGACGCAUGGGACAUAGCCACCAUUGCUGCCUUUUUCUCAAUGUCAAACCGUAUCGCUUACUUCACUGAUAUGAGGCCAAAUGAUGAGUUUUAUGGCAUGGGGAGACUACCCAAAGAUAGUGGAGCAGAACCAGAUAAGUGAAGUGCUGAAUUGGAAUUUUUUUUCCAUGCAGAAAUUUAUAUAGUGAGCUUGUUGCUGCAUUCCCCACACAGAAAUCUUGUUUUCUCGGUGGUUAAUAUAAGCAGAAUGGCAGGACAUAUUUAUUAGAGCACUGCACAGAAUUCUCUUUUACUGUUAGUGUUUGGGUGAUGGCAAAGGCCAGACAAUAAAAGAGUAAAAAGAAAAACAAAAAUGUUUAUCCAAAACAAUAUUCGUUUUAUUGUUGUUUAAAGAAAAAAUCAGUUUUGCUGUUUUAUUUUUAUUUUUUUUUUUUAGAGUUUGAGCAUCAUAAUAUUGGAAAUUGAAGGAACCGUGAACGUUUUUAGUAACAUCGUGAAAAAAUAAAUGAUGCUGAGAAACAGUUCUGUGCAUUAUGAUUUAAAAUAAUGCAGUUGUUGUUUGAUACGAGAAUUGGAGCAUUUAAGGAGUUUUUGUUAUUGACCUGAAGUACUUAUUUUUGCUUCAGAUUGUUGCUGAAAUUUACAUUUUAUCCAAAUGAGUGUGUGGCAGAUAUUGUUUUGGGUUAAAAUAUUGGCAAAGUGUACGACCAAUUUAUCACUACGUGUUCACAACUACAAACUAAAGGGGGAAGCCUUCAAACAGAAGUUGUUUUUGCCAUAAAAUAUAAAUAACUACAUAGUACAUAUCACAGUACUUUUAACAGUAUUUUGUGAAGCACUUUUACAUGUAUUUACACUUCUUCAUAUCUGUUAAUACAACAUGAACGACUCUGUUCACAUAUGUGUAUUUAAUGUACCAGUUUUUAUUUUGCAUCCUCUUGGCCUAAAAUCUUUGGUUUUAUUGAACAUAACUAAAUGUGCCAUAUACACGCACACAUACAUAUAUAUAUAUAUAUAUAUAUAUAUAUAUAUGUGUGUAUGUGUGUGUGUAUAUAUAUGUAUGUAUAUGUGUAUGUAUGUAUGUAUAUAUAUAUGUAUAUGUAUAUGUAUAUAUAUAUAUAUAUAUAUAUAUAUAUGUGUGUGUGUGUGUGUGUGUGUGUGUGUGUGUGUGUGUGUGUGUGUGUGUGUAAAAGUUUAGGUGUGUGCUUAUAAUCUGCUUUACAGUUUCAUUUGACAUAUAAAGUUCUAUUCCAGAUUGUUCUGCAGCAAACACUGUUUGUACUUUUGCUGCUUAACUUUGAAUAAAAUGUUUUGUAGCACUGCUCACAAGUUCUUAACACAUUUCUUGGCACACUCUGCAUUUUAUAAGAUCCCAACAUGGAGCUGAGUUUUAUCAAACAGAAAUUGUCUUAUUCACCCAAACGUAAAGAUCACAGUGUGUUCUGUUUUUCACUUUCAGUUGUUUGUGUAUAUUUUGCAUAAACGUUUUGCCCCAAUCACAUACUUAUGCAAUGUUUUGCCAGUUUGAACAGAAGUUUAUUUAACAACAAAUAAAGAGUUUAUUCUUUUGAA